AUGGAUCCAUACCUCUCUCGAACUCUCCAAUCGCUGACUCGGAGCAAGAUUCACGAGCUGAAAAAACAACGAAGUGAAUACGAAUCUCGCAAAGCCGAAGUUCUCGUGGCCGCAGCUCAGCGCUCAAUCCUUCGCGAUAAAGUCGCAUGCCUCCUGGCUGGAACCAAGGAGCUCGCACCGGGCGCCAGCCAUGACAACGCCAUUUCCAAUAUCGAGCACUGGAUUGAACAGGCGAAAUACGAUUCAUCGAUCCCUUUAGAGAAGCUCGAAGAGUUCGAAACACACCUGCGUAACGCCUUGGACGCCCAUAGCCGAAAGCUGAGUCUUGCGGAUUUGUAUUCACGGCUGUUGACCGAGUGGAUGAACCCGCCAUCCAAUCAGACCAACGAGGCUGUAGAAUUCUCCAGCGAAGGCGACGAUUUUCUCUUUGUUGAUGAGCGGCAAAAGCAGAGACUCAAGCAAUUAUGCGAUCAGUUCGAGAGAACAGUCUUCGAGCCUUAUGAAACAGAACCAAUUGCAAUUGACUCGUUUCUGUCUGGCCUGUUCCCCACCGAGAAGAGCAAGAAUGCGCUAGAAUCCUUGCGUGAGAGUAUCCGGAGAUAUCUGGCGGCUAUCUGGGAAGAGAAAAACCCGUUUACGAUCGACUCGCUGUCUGCAUGCAUCCGGGGCAUUCAGACAGAGGAAAUUGUAAGCGAAGAGAAACAAGAGACCUUGAAACACUUCCUCAACAGCAAAGUUGUGCUGAACGAGAUUGCCGAUGUCCUCAACAUGCGAUACACGGACUUGAAGAAUUGGGACUGGCAUGCUGAUGACGAGGGUGUCCCUGUGCUUCCUCGUCAGCAGCUGAAUGGCAAAUACAGAAUCUGGAUGGAUGAUGAUGUCCUCGAGACCAUUUUCGUGGAACACAUCUGCAUCAAGCUUUGUGUUACGCUCAAAGCCAUUCUAAAAGACUACAUUCAGAGUAACGCUGGUUGGAAGUUCGCGCAAGGUCCGGAAUUGACGACUCGUGAUCGCCAUCGACGACAAUAUUAUCUUGAAGAAAGACUUGAUCAUCCUAACAACGUUGAAAGUCGUCGUAAGCAGGACUAUCUCGAUACAUUUUUCCUUGCAUCUAUGCCAGCAGACGAAGACACAUUGGCGGGCCGUAUUUGUGGUUAUGACGAAGACGAAGAUGAUGGUCAACGAGGAAGCUUGGCCUCAAAAAGCGUGAAACAGCAGCUUCUGAGAAAGAUAGUGACGGAGACGAUUUUCCGUCGUCAGUUCUAUGGUCAGGCUGCUGUGAUCCAAUCUGAUCUGCAGUGGUAUGCCACGUCGAUUCCGCAUAGCACCGCCUGCACCAUCUUGGAGUUCAUCGGUUUCUCGCAAGACUGGAUUAGGUUUCUGCGGAAGUACCUUGAGACGCCUUUGAACAUGGACAACGCAUUCGAAGGGCACGAGAAGGUCGGACCUCGCAAGCGCAGACGAGGUAUUCCGAUCGCACAUGCCUCUGAAAAAGUCAUCGGGGAACUGAUCCUAUUCUUCAUGGAUUGCGCCGUAAAUGAAAAGACAGGCUUGCUUCUGUAUCGUCUCCAUGAUGAUAUUUGGCUGUCUGGUGAUCCUGAGAAAUGUGCACAGGCAUGGGAAGUCAUGCAAACGUUCGCCAACAUCACCGGCCUCCAGUUCAACGAAAGUAAGUCUGGGUCUGUUUGUCUUGGUGACGCUGUUGGCAAAGAAAUGAAGUCCCGCAUGCCUCAAGGCCCGGUCAAAAUCGGCUUCUUGAUGCUGGACCCGGUAACCGGAGACUGGGUCAUUGAUCAUUCUCAAGUCGAUGCACAUGUUCGGCAGCUGAAGACUCAGCUCGAUAACUGCAAUAGCGUCAUUUCAUGGGUUCGUACCUGGAACAGCUGCAUUGGGCGGUUUUUCAAGAACACGUUUGGUGAGCCGGCGCACUGUUUUGGACGUCCUCAUAUCGAUGCCAUUCUUGACACGUACAAAAAGAUGUAUGAUGUCAUAUUUGAGACAGAAAAUACCAAGACCGGGCGUACCGUCGCAGACUAUCUGAGAGGAAGAAUUGAGUCAGACUUCAACGUCUUCGAUGUUCCAGAUGCGUUCUUCUUCCUUCCUGAGAAGCUUGGCGGUCUUGGCCUACGAAACCCCUUCGUUUCGAUCUUCAUGCUACGCGAUAGAUUGAAAUAUUCGCCACGAGAGCUCAUGGACAUUUUCAUAAUCAACGAACGUGAGAUUUACGAAGCUGAAAAAGAAGUUUUUGAAAAGAGGACCGCGACUCAGCAACGUCGAAUUUGGCAGACUAUGGAGAACGACCAUGAGCUCGAUGAGCUCAAGGAUGCUUUCCCGUCAGGUAAGAAGGACAAUUUUCCAUCUUUUGGCGAAUGGAGCAAGUUCCGUGAAGUCAAAAGCUCCAAAUUAUGCGGACUAUAUGGCGCUUUCAUGGAGGUGCCUAGCUCGACCUACCCGAAGACAACAAGCGCAGUAGAAGAUGCGGUCACAAUGGCCCAGAGCAUUUUUGACAUCGGAAAUCAAGGAGCAGAAAUGAAGUGGACUCUGUACCUGUACGUAGAGGACCUUAUGAUUAAAUUCGGUGGGCUGAAUUUGGUGGACAAGCAGUUUUUGCCCACGGGUGUGCUUGACAUGAUCAGAGGGCAGAAGGUGAGGUGGCAGAUGGUGCUAUAG